AUAGAUUAGAGUAAUUGUCAAUAAUUAUCAAACUCGUCCCCAUUAAUAUACCAGAUGAAAUAUAAUUAGAUAUCAAUUACUAAGUAUUGAGUAAUAAGAAAUGAAUUUUAAAUAAUAAAAUACGAUGAAGAUGAACAAAGAAUAUACGUUUAUUGUUCAGAACUAAUUUAUUUUUAUCACACAUUUUCCAUAAUCUUCGUAACAGCGUGGCUUCGGUGUUACCCGUUGCUAAGACUGUUGUUAUCCUGGUAACCAGAAAUAAUCUUUAAUAAUUGAAAACUUUAUAAUUAAGGAAAGGAAAACUAAGUUUAAAUGCCAUCUUCAAUUUAAAUAAUUAAUAUAAAUGUCUUGUAUGACUAUUUUAAAAAACAAUUUCCAAAUUUCAGUUCGAAGAAACUGUACUUUAUAGCCAGUACAUAUAACGUGAUAUCUUCUUGCUAAAUUAUGUAAUAAUUCGUGUCUGCACCUAAGUUCUUGGUACCUGCUAGUCAUUGAGUGUAGAUCAUUUAAAUAUUAAUAUGUGGGUAAUGACAAGUCAAGCUGUGGCAAUAAACAUUUGAUGAGUAUAUAUAUCCGAGCAAUAUAUUUUAAUUGUUAUUCAUCACUGGAUUAUUCUUGCUCACGUAUUCUUUAAAUGCAGUUUACUUUGAGUUAGGUUUCAUAAUUUUGUUGGAAUUGACAGAGCUUUAUUUAGAUUCUUUCUAUAGCAUAUAUACCGGCGUUGUGUUUUCCAACUGUAAAGAAGAUGGAAUUUGUUUGAACGGAAUCUAUGGAUAAGGCUUGAAAAUGUUCAAACGCAGCUUUUCUUUGGAUAAAAAGUUGCUCGAGAAAAAAUCUCACCCAGAUCCAGGCAAACCGUCCACAAAUGCAAGCAAAUCUCAUCCAGAUCCAGGCAAAACUCCCACAAAUGCAGGCAAAACAAACUCAGAUCCAGGCAAUCCACCCACAAAUGCAGGCAAAACAAACUCAGAUCCAAGCAAACCUGCAAGUACUGGCCGGCGCCACCCGGAUGCAGGCGAAACUACUAUGGAUCCAUUUCAACGAUCCCAAACUGCAGGGAAAAUUUCCCGGGAAGGUGGUAAACCUCCUGUAGACGCAGCUCACGAGGACGUGGAGGAAAUUCAUCUUGAAAAUGAGAUACGAGAUGAAAAACCAAAGAUGGGGAAAUCUUUGUCAAUGUCGACAACAUCCAGUGAGAAGGAACUUGACGAUGAUGCGGCGAACUCUUCCGAAUUAGAACGAAGUGGACGACGGAAGGCAAAUGGUUCAACUCCAAUCAUGGUGGCCUGUAAAGAGGGGAAGAAUGCUCUGGUUGAGAAAUUGUUAGAGCGAGGAGCUUCUCUAUCAGAUAUUGACAUGGACGGCAUGACUGCCCUUCACUACGCCGCUGUCUCAGGAUCUGAAUCGACAGUUAAAGUUUUAGUGAAACAAAAGAGUGAAUUAACGUUGGCAACAAAUAACCAAGGGCGAACAGCUCUUCAUUUGGCGUGCACACGUAUUGCAGGUGCAGUUCCUGUUGUUAAGUUUUUAGUGAAGUCGAUGGGUGAAGAAGCAAAAACAACGAGAGAUAAAGAUGGUAACACACCAUUACUGCUGGCAGUGGAGACUGGAAACCAGCUUGUUGUGAGAGAGUUGUUGGCGAAUAAAUCCAAAGAACAACUUCGGGUUGUUAAAGCAGAUUCUGGUGACUCGGCAUUUCAUUAUUGCGCUCGUAAAAAAGAUGUGGAAAUGGCACGGAUAUUGAUUGAUGCUGGCUCCGCGAUCAACCUGAAGAAUAAUGAUGGUCAAACAGCAUUUCACAUCGCAGCGUAUGAAGGGGACGAGGGUAUGAUCAAGCUCUUGAGCACGUCGAACAAGCUGUCUGCAGAUAUACAGGAUAAUUAUGAUCGCACCGCUGUCCACAUUGCGGCUGAAAGAGGAUUUUCAGAUAUCGUCGAAUAUCUUGUUGAUAAAGUUAAGGUCGAUGUAAAUUUCAGAGCGAAGACUGGUGACACCUUGGUUCAUAUUGCUGCACAAAAUGGACAUUCUGAUACAGUUCUAACGUUAUUAAAGAAAGGAGUUCCUCUUCAUAUGCCAAACAAAUCAGGCGAGGUUUCUCUCCACGCUGCAGUUCACUGUGGUCACGUGGGGGUGGUGAAAGCAUUGUUAAACAAGGGAGCUUCUGUAGACACAAAGACCAAGGAUAUGUAUACACCUCUGCAUAUUGCUGUGCAACACCGCCAACCAAGAGUAGUGCAGGCUUUGUUAGGAUACGGAGCAAAUGUUCACCUCAAGGGAGGGAGGCUUGAGGAAACUCCACUUCAUAUUGCUGCUCGUAUCAAAGGUGGGACAGAGGUUGCAGAUAUGUUGUUGAAAAGCGGAGCUAACGUUGACGUUCCACAAGAGAAUGGAGAAACGUCGCUUCAUAUUGCAACAAGAAACAACAACCUUGCUAUGGUGAAACUGCUCUUGACCGAAGGAGCGAAUGCCGCGAGGAAAUCUAGGACUGGUGAAAUACCUCUUCAUAUUGCUAUUGAAAAAUCUUUGGAAGAAAUUGUUCUUGUCCUGGUCGACCAUACCUUGACGUCAUGCCUUAACACAACUCACGGGGUUAAAAUGAUUGUUAACUUGCCUAAUAAAAAAGGGGAAACACCAUUGCACUAUGUUUGCAAAUUGAAGAAUGACAACGAGAUUGGGGAACGUGAUUUAAGAACAGCAAAACUUCUCUUGAAAUAUGGCGCUAAUCCGAACUUAGAAACUGUUGAGGGAAAAGAAACGCCGGUCCAUUACUGUGCAAGACAUGGUAAAAAUGACGUUCUUCUGGCAAUGUUUAAUGCAUUAUCUGUUGAAGAUGUGCAGAGAUUGGUGAAUCAAAAAACAAAUGAUUCCUUGACACCGUUGCUUAUUUCGUCGAAAGAAGGAAACUUAGACGUGAAUAAAUCAUUGAUGAGUCGUCAUGCGAGACUCGAUGCAUUCGAUCAAAAAGGCAAAACGUCGUUGCAUUUAUCUUGUGAACAUGGUCAUAAAGAUGUCGUUCACUUUCUUCUCAACUCUAAAGCCUACAUUAACGCGAAGACAAAACUUGGUCUCACUGCUUUGCAUCUCGCAGCCCAGAAAGGUUAUAAAGAUAUUGUUGAUAUGUUGGUCACUUCAUUUGGAGCAAGCAUUGACGCUUUAUCGUUGGAAGGUAAAACUCCGUUACACUUGGCUGCCGAAGGUGGAAGAUUGGAAGUGUGUAAAAUAUUACUUCAUCUGAAGGCGGACACCUCAGCUACUGACAGUAAAGGAAGAACACCUCUUCAUUAUGCCGCACAGAAAGAUCAUUCUGAGGUCAUCGAGUUCUUCCUGGAAAACCGACCUCAGUUGGUGAAUCAAGCUAAUGCUGAGGGUGAGACAUGCGCUCAUAUUGCUGCCGCCAAAGGAAGCGUUGCUGUUAUUAAAGAACUUUUGAAAUUAAAAAACAUUCAUAUGACCGAGAAAUUUACUCUGGGCAGCAAUUCCACGCCGUUGCACCUGGCGGCCAGCGGAGGCCAUGCCGAUGUGGUACAAGUGCUGUUAGACAAUGGUGCUGAUGUGACACAGAUGGAUAAGCAUGGUUUGACAGCAAUACACCUAGCGGCUAAAAAUGGUCAUAUCAGAGUCAUUGAAAUACUGAGAGGGAAGAUUCCGUUGGAUUAUGCCAGCCCUAAAACUGGUUUAUCAGCGAUACAUGUUGCAGCCCAAUAUGGUCGUACUGAAGUUGUACGAGAAAUUUUACGACAAGCUGAUGUUGGUGACAUCAGAAGCGAGGCAAUAAAGACGAAGAAAGACGAUGAAUAUGGUUACACUCCACUUCAUCUUGCUGCGAGGUCUGGUAAUGAUCAAGUUGUGCGUCUUCUUCUCAACUCUCCUGGCGUUAGGGUUGAUUCAUCAACGUCAAGAAAUAGAUCACUUCCUCUUCAUCUGGCAUCAAGCAAUGGUCAUGUGAAUGUAGUUGGUUUACUCCUCAGUAAAAUUUCUCAUCAACUCGACACAAAAGAUGCAAAAGGACGAACAUCAUUUCACCUCGCGGCCGCUAAUGGUCAUCAUAAUGUACUUACUUUGUUACUUGCGCAAGGAGCCCAAAUUGACGCGGAAGAUGAGGAUGGUUGGACAGCGCUUCAUUUCUCUGCUCAUUCAGGUCAUUUACCUGUUGUUAAACAACUAAUUGAGUCUGGUACUAAUUUGACGAAGGAAACUAACGAUGGUAAAGUUGCACUGUGCUACGCUGCACAUGCUGGCCACGUGAUAGUGGUACGAUACCUUCUCAAUCUGAAAUUUGAUGCCUCGCACUUACUAAAGGAUAAAACGUUUCUUUUCGACUUGAUGGUGUGUGGUAAAGGGAAUGGUAACGACUCAAUCGUAUCGUUCAUUCUUCACUCGCCCGCCCCUCUCUAUGCUGCAGUCAAACUAUCACAUCAUUACAGAACUGAGUCAAGUAAAUUCAAAGAACGUAGCAAAGAUUUAAUAGCAGCCGGAGAUGCUUGCGAGGAGUUGGCUUUAGAUAUCUUAACAUUAGCUUGUACCAAUGAUGCGAGCCAGCUGUUGAAUGCUACAGAUGACAGCGGUAAACCGUUUCUCGACGUGCUCGUAGAAUGUGAGCAGAAGCAUUGUGUGGCGCACACCGCUGUGCAAUCGUACUUGGGUAGCAAGUGGCGUGCUGGUCGAAACUGGAGUAUGUCGAAAGUACUAGCAAUAUUUUUCGGCGCUUUUAUAGCGCCUCCUGUCUGGGUUGCUUUAUCUCUUCCCUGGAACAAUAAUUACAGCAGAGUACCGCUGGUCAAAUUUAUUUGUCAACUUAUAUCUCAUCUCUACUUCAUGUUGCUCUUUGUCUUCACGGUCGUGAUACCUUGGGAUAAACGUAGUGAUGACGUCACACCAGCAUGGUAUGAAGUGUUGUUGUUAUUCUGGCUGUGUGGCCUGGUAUUGACGCAACUCACAGAUCCAAAGAACUCGAGAGGACUUGGCCGAGUGCCAUUGUUUGUCAUAUUUCUUUCAGCAAUUGCCAUUCUAAUUCAUUUUUCAGCAAUUCCUUUCGACGGCAUCACUCGUGUUCAUCUUCUUUACGCCCGAAAUCAACUGUUUGCCGUCGCUAUGUUUUUGACUUUUGUACAAUUGCUGGAUUUCUUAACAUUUCAUCAUUUGUUUGGCCCAUGGGGAGUCAUUAUUGGCAACUUGAUGCAGGAUUUAGCUCGAUUUAUUGUCAUAUUACUCAUAUUUAUGCUUGGCUUUACAGUACAUAUUGCUGCAGUCACUAAUCCUGGAUUUUCUCUAUCUCAUAACCACACCUCUGUUAUGGACAAUCUACGCGAAGCUCGAAAAGAUUUAGUAAAAAUAUUUAAACUGUUGUUCUUUUCGCUGUUUGGUUCAGCCGACACCGCAGUAUUGGAUGAACUUACAGGAAAUGAUAUGCCAUCAUUCGCUAGGGUAUUGGUCAAUAUUGUGUUUGGUCUAUAUUCACUAAUUACUAUUGUUGUUCUAAUUAAUCUUCUAAUUGCUAUGAUGAGCGAUACUUACCAAAGAAUUCAGGCUCAGUCAGAUUUGGAAUGGAAGUUUGGUCGCGCGAAGUUAAUAAGGAAACUAGAACGAUCAACACGGACACCAGCUCCGUUGAACCUUCUGACAACGACAGUGACGUACCUAAAGCUAGCCCGCAAGGUGAAAUGCAGGUGCUGUAGGCCUGAUAUCAUGGAAAUUCUACAUGAAGAGACAAGUGACGAAUUUGUCAUGACGAAGUUCCCUAGUACGAAUAGCGUAGGUCCUGGACUUGCUAGUGGCGUCAUCACCUCACAAAACCAUAGCAACAAGAGGAUCGAACACGUAGUUGAUUGGGGACGAAUAGUACGCAAGUUUAAAGCUCUACGGGGUAUGGAUGGUAAGGAAGAAGUCCAGAUGCAAGAAGUUAUUCAUAUGGAUAACGAAAAACUUACUGCAAAAAGCGUUCAUGAUAUUAAAAACUUAGUUGAAGGGUUGUUAAAGAAGAUAAACACUGCCCCGUGAACAUGAAUCAACAAAAGUGUACGACAAGAUAAUGAAGAUAUUUAACAAGUAUUUUACGUGAAAACUACACUUCAUUUAAAACGCCAUUACGUCAGUAGAGAGCCGUUAUAAUGCCGUAAUAAAUGCUUGAAAUAUCUGUCUGUAAUAAAUGGUUAUUGAGCUAACAUUAAGGACAGCUAAAGCGAUCUAUUAGUAAAAGCUGCCCUUUUAGUUCGGUCCUUUUAGUUGUCUUUUAGUUCUCCUUUUACUUGUACUUUAGUU